AGUCUCAUGCCUUAUAUUCGUUCGCGUUUCUUCUUUUAUCUAUAACGGCCAGAAAGAUUCACAUCAAAUAAUUAUUAUAAUAAAAUGAGUGUUGUCAACAUUACAAAUAUUAAAGUUCUCAAUAACCCUACUUUAUUCACAGCGGACUACCAGUUUGAAAUUACUUUUGAAUGUAUUUCUGAGCUUAAUGACGAUUUGGAAUGGAAAAUUAUUUACGUGGGAUCUUCGGAAAGUAAAGAAUAUGAUCAGGUUCUCGAUAGCAUUAUGGUUGGACCCGUACCUCCUGGUGUGAAUCAAUUUAUAUUUCAGGCACCAGCACCUAACCCUGAUCGCAUACCUCCCAGUGACCUUUUAGAUGUUACUGUGAUCAUUAUUACAUGCUCUUACAGAGAUCAGGAAUUUGUUCGUGUGGGAUAUUAUGUUAAUAAUGAGUACAUUGAAGAAGAGCUGAGAGAGAAUCCACCAGAUAAAGUUAUAUUUGAUAAACUGUAUCGAAACAUUUUAGCGGAUAAGCCUAGAGUGACUAGAAUGCCCAUUAAAUGGGAUUCGGAGGAUGAAACUGUUAAACUUAAUCAAGAAUCGGAUGAUGUAAUGGGAGGGAUACAAGAACAACAUUUUUCAAAUCGGUCACAUCCCGGUGAUAGUCAAGGGCAGAUUGAGCAAAUUGGAUUCAUGCCACCCCUUCAAAAUCCUGGACAACCAUCAUCAGCAAAUUAUGAUCCAAUGUCUUCCGUUAAAAUUGAAUCAAUGUCUUCUUAAGAAAAAGUGCUGGAAUCAAAGUAAUAAUCAAAGAUUGAUUCAUUAUUUUUGCAAUUAUGAUGUAUGAUACUUCUUUGCUUUCAAUUGUUUAUUAUAAUUAUUUUUUAUAAUUAUGUUCACAGUUAUUGAAAUUGAAUUUUUUUAUAAACUUUAUUAUUGAUCAUUAUGCAUAAUAUUCAAAAAUAAUAUUUGAGUAUGCGAUUUAUAUAGACUAUAUUACACACAUUUAUAGUUUUUUUUGUAUUUGUUCAUUCCAUACAUUGGAGUUAGUGUAGUAUUAUCAAAACUUUAAAUAUUUUUAAAAUAAAGGAUUGAAAAAUUUUUG